AUGAACUUCUCCACGAAAAAGCCCGCGUCCAAGGUGGGCUUUUCGCUCAAGAAGAAGUCCACGCCGUUGAAACGGAGCGAGCUAUUUGAGGACGAGGAGAAGAAGGAUAAGAAGGUAGAGAUCACCAACGUUGACGAUAUCCAGCAUAAGAAAGAUGAGCCCCUAGUAAUCAAGCCCGCUUCAAAACAAGACGGCUGGGAAGCACGACGGAGACAGCGAACAGAGCAGGAGAACAAGGAGCUACAUUAUGGCCUGAACAAAAUGGAAACCGAAAGACCGCAAACAACUGGCUCGCGACUGCUGGGGCCCAAAGCGAUCGAGAGCCAGGAUGGCGAGGUCCCUACUUUAGAAAGUUACCAGAUAAUGCCUGUGGAAAAGUUUGGCGAAGCCAUGCUGCGGGGAAUGGGCUGGAAGAAUUCCGGGACUCGAUCGAAAACGCCUGUUUCGAAGCCCAGACCGCCAUACUUGGGCCUGGGGGCCAAGCCAUCGCCAGCUCAGCAAAGCCCCGCCUAUAGGCAUGAUACUAGUUAUGUUCCUGUUGUCAAAAAGAAUGAAAUUGGCAUGCCACGCGACAGGUCUCCGGCAAGAGGUCAGGAAUAUAGGGAACGGGAUUAA